UGAUCAACAUUUCCAUCAGGCUUUCUGAAGUUGAGGGCAGAUGGCUGUGUUGCAGAAGACUUUAGACCCAUCAAUGAGGCAAAUGAAAAAAGAAAAGGAGAUAUUACAGAAAACUGAAGACGCUUCAAGAGGAGGGGAAGCAGCUGCAUUUCCUCAUACUUCAGCUUUCACUGACCAGAGCGUCCAGUAUCAGUUACUCCCCGAUAGCAGCAGCACGCAGGUAACCUAUCAGGUUGUUCAGUUGAGUAAUCAGCCUCUGGUGGGUGGGGCAGUGGGCGUGGUCUCUUCUGCUUCAGUUACUGGAGUCCAACAGGCCGUGAUCCAGAGUCCCUUCAGUAAUGGAGGCAGUCCUGCAGUGGAGACAAUCGGAGGCGAGGCACGCUUCUCCUACAUCCCACCAACUGCUGUAAGUGAUGCAACAGCUGCUGGAGUCUCAGCUCAUCCUGCCGAACCUACACGUUCUCACACUGCAGGUCAGUUCUAUGUGAUGAGCACGCCAGAGGUUCCUCAGCCAAGUGCACCACGUACCAUAGCUCCCCGCACUGAACCAUGCGCAAUGAAGAUGGAAGGGCUGCGCACGCCGAGAGACGAACGUAGGAGGGCGCAACACAACGAAGUGGAGCGACGGCGGAGAGACAAGAUCAACAACUGGAUUGUGACGCUGUCUAAAAUCAUCCCAGACUGCAACAUGGACAGCACUAAAACCGGAGCGAGUAAAGGAGGCAUCCUGUCCAAGGCCUGCGAUUACAUCCAGGAGCUGCGGCAGAGCAACCACAGACUCCGCGAGAGUCUCCACGAAGUAAAGAGAGUCCAGAUGGACAAUGAGAUCCUCCGACAGCAGAUAUCAGCACAUUCCUGUUACAUGAGUACUGCUCUGGCUACAUGUUGAAGGACAUUAUAUUACUCUACACCACAUUAAUGAAAAUAUUUUCAUUCUCUUCAGCCUGUUCCCUCAAAUAAUUUUCCAUUUGUAUUACAAGCAUGGCAAAUGCGUUUGAGUACAGAUUGUGAAAACCUUAUUUAGAAAAGAUGUAUGGAUGGAAACAAAUAAUUAUCCCAUUAGGGCACAGGUUUGGAAGGCAGUUAUUAAUUGCAUGCACAGCUUGAGCAAAAACCACUGAUGAAUUCCACUUAAUGAUGAUUGUAUCCAUGACAACAGGUCAUAAAAAUGUAAUGAUCCAAUGUUCUGAACUAACCAGAAGCCAUUCAGGGUUAUAUUUAUUGACUCAGGCUUGUCAGUUACUCCAAGUCAAUAUGCAGUGGCUAAAGGUUAUCGCUGAAUGAGACAGCCUGACGCAUGGACUUUUUCAUGACUCGAGAUUGAGAGAAUGUAAUACAAAGAUUCUUAUACAUGACUCAGCACUGGGGCUGACAUUUCUUCCAAAUCAGAAACAUGAAGAAGGAUUUCUGUGUGUUGUAUUUUCAGUAUUUAUAUGCUCAGGGUAAUAUUCUGAGACUAUCUGUAUGUAUGUAUAGAUAUAGAGAGAGUAAGGUUGAUAUCAUUAUGUAUUGUCAUAAUUUAUGUGUUGAAACCUGAACUUGAACUUUUAUUGUAUAUUUAUUUCCAAGGACAACAUGACUCUUUUCACACUUAAUUGGUCAACAUUUACUGUACAUAUACAGUAGAUUACAUAGAUAUACAUGGAGGCUAUUACACGAUGGUACAAAGAUAUGAAGUUUAUCUUUGAGUGGUGAAAAUAUUUCACGAGUGAGCACAGCAAUGUUCUUUUUUAUUAUGUCUGUAUAUUAUAUAGACACACAAAAAAUACUCAGGUUAAUCAAAAGAAUUUUAAUUUUGAACUGGUUCGCCAUUUUGACAACGUGCAUCCAGCCAGUGGAAAAACACUGGGAGUGAUGUCAUCGGAGUGAAAUAUCAGGAAUUAUUAUCAAUACAAGACACUUUUCGAUGGAAUAAAAACGUGUUCUAUUCUGUUCUGGUGGGUUUCAUUAAUUUGGUUUGAUAGCAUGCAAUAUUGUGAGUAUAUUGCUUAUCCUACAUGUAUUACGUCACUCUACCCAAUGGAGAAUGAGCGUCAAAUAUGGUUUACGAUAUUGCAUGGAUGUCAAGACAACUUGACGUCACAUGUCAGAAAUGUAAAACUUCCGCACUGUAAGUUUGUAAACAAACAUGGCCGCCAGGUUUGCUUUGUUAAAUACGGAAGAUUUUGAGAGAAUUUUGAAAGAGAAAGAUGCAUUCAACACCCAAAAAUAA